UUUAAAAAGGAUAAAAAGAACCUAUGUCGCUUCUGUGAUUCCCUGUGGGCGGAGGUGCUUAAAUUUCAGGCUGCCAAGUUAAACCCGCGUUCGAGCCGCGUAUUUUUCUUGCUGGCAAAAGUGUUACGGACAAAAAAUCCUGGAAAAGCCCGUUCAUGCCUGGAAAGGGCAACGAAAAUUCGGCCAACGAAUGAGGAGUACGUUAAGAUGUUGGACGAUAUGUACGAAGAGAUAGGCGAAAUUCCGUCGUCGUGGUCGGUUUCUGAUCGGCUCUCCGCAAUCCGAUCUGCAGUCAUGUUCUAUUCGGUAGCCCUUGACUUGAAUCGUGAGAACGCAUGGGCCUGGAACGACCUAGCGAUAGCUUUACUUUCUUUAGCCAGAUUCGACAAAUCAGAGCAACACGCUAUGAGUUUAAGUAAGUGUGCCCAAAUGCAUUCACAACUAUGGACCCUAAUUGCGGAGGCAGAACGAUUGUCAACAUUGCAACAUUAUCUUGUUCGAGCUCUUCAGCUCAACAAGGCUAACGAUGAAGCGUGGCUACGACUCGCGUUACUCUACUACACCAAUGGAAUGGUAGAAGCUCAUCUUACGAUAGAAACGGCUCUGAAGCAUAAUCCGCAGCUCGCUGAAGCGUGGUGUGCCUGGGCACUGAAAGCCGAAUCCGAAGGACUCGAUCAUGAAGCUAUGGAUAUGUAUCGCCACUCUAUUUCAAUCAAGCCUGUGCCUGCUGCGGUAAUGAAAUAUACUUCGUUUCUGUGCCAGUCGUUACGGGUGAAGAGUUUUGAUCCGGCCACGGUGAUGAUCGAUUUCAGUAAACUCUUUUUAGAUGAGAUGGAAUCCUCCGAUAAGCCCCUUUUGUUGCAUAUUGGAGUACUUGCUGAACUUUUCGGUCACUAUGAAGAUGCAGUGCAAUGUAUCGNAUCCGGCCACGCAAGUCUGUGCUCGAAAUCUUCUGAAGAACUAUUCAGUCUGCUAAAAGAACAUCGGCCGUUAUAUAAGAAUUUGUUUGAGCGCCUUGUCGCUCCAGAAGCUCAGGGGCUGCAGGAGUUGUACAGCUCCUCUGCGAAGUCCAUUUCGGUGCCUCUCGUUGUAGCUGCAAUAAUUCGGUUUGACUUAGUGACUGUGACAAUGCUUCAUGAUGUUUUGCCCCGCCACGAACUUAUUGACGUUUUUCCAACAGUGAUGCCUGAAGGUAUGGAUAAUGGGUUGAAGUAUGUGGAACAGGAUGGCGAGGAACCUUUCCGUUACAGCCAUUUUAUUGCCAAGCCACUGUGGGAGAUUUUGAAGAAGCGUCGCGACGAAAUGGAAAAUCAAAUGGUUAAUGGCGAGUCACCAAUAUCAGUGUGA